GUGGAAACCUACACAGUUACAGAAAGUACAAAUUUCGUUUGAUUUUGUAACAACUCAGAUAAACAGUUUGAAUCAUAUUGGUUCAUAAACAACUAAAUGUUCCAUGAGUGACAGUGUCUUUGUUCAAGCGACAACAUACAACCGCCAUGGACGUUCCUCCACCUGAAGUGUUAAGCCUACCUAUGGUAGUCCCAUCAAAAACCCUCAUGGGUCCCGGUCCAUCAAACUGCCCUCCAAGCGUGUUACAAGCGUUAAGUUUACCGGUGCUAGGACAUCUACAUCCGGAAUGUACCAAAAUCAUGGACGAUAUUAAAGCGGGAAUACAAUACGUGUUUCAAACUAAAAACGAACUCACCUUGGCAGUAAGCGCUUCUGGGCAUGCAGGAAUGGAAGCCGUACUUUGCAAUUUAAUUGAACCCGGUGACAAAGUUCUUAUUGCUGUUAAUGGAAUUUGGGGUGAAAGGGCAAAUAUAAUGGCAUCUAGAUACGGUGCAACCGUUCACCGUUUGGAAGCAGCACUAGGCACCAACUUCACAUUAACGGAAUUCGAAGAUGCAAUUCGCCUGCACAAACCUGCUUUGCUAUUCGUAGUACAAGGCGAAAGUUCCACCGGAGUCUACCAGCCCCUUGAAGGUCUAGGAUUAAUUUGCCACAAGUACAACUGCCUAUUAGUGGUAGACACUGUUGCAUCUUUAGGUGGCGUCCCUUUCUAUGCGGAUCGAUGGGAGGUAGAUGCUGUCUACACUGGAUCUCAAAAAGUUCUAGGCGCUCCUCCUGGAAUUACUCCGAUCUCUUUUAGUUCUCGGGCACAGGAAAAGAUCUUGGCUCGCAAGACUCCUCCCAAGGUAUAUUACUGGGACAUGACGAUAUUGGGAGACUACUGGUCGUGUUUUGGUAGACCAAGAGUAUACCAUCAUACAAUCUCAUCAACACUGCUUUACGGUCUAAGGGAAGGUUUGUCGUUAGUGGGUAAAGAAGGAAUAGAAAAUGUGAUAAAUCGUCACAAAAUGUGUGCGCAACGACUACACAAGGGAUUGCAAGCGAUGGGUUUACAAAUGUUGGUAGCUAAGGAAAGCGCUCGUUUGCCCACUGUUACGGCAGUGAAAGUACCCGAAAAUAUUGACUGGACCGUAGUGACUGGAUACGCAAUGAAACACUACUUCUUGGAAAUAAGCGGAGGAUUGGGACCUACCGCAAACAAAAUCUUUCGAAUAGGAAUUAUGGGAUACAACGCAACCAAUGACAAUGUAGACUUCGUUUUGAAAGUUCUUGAAGAAGGAAUCAAUUAUGCCAGGGAAAAUAGAAGCGCGAAAUUGUAAUCUGUUUCUCAACUUGUUUUAUCAUUAAAGUAUCUAUCGGUAAAAACGUA